AAAAUUGAAAAGCUUGGAGAAGGAACGUACGGUAUCGUUUAUAAGGCACAGAAUAGAGAGACAAAUGAAGUGGUUGCUUUGAAACGUAUAAGAUUAGAUAACGAGGAGGAAGGGGUUCCAUGUACAGCGAUUCGCGAGAUAUCAUUGUUGAAGGAGUUAAAGCAUGCAAACAUAGUAAGACUAUAUGAUGUCUUACAUACGGAAAAGAAGCUUACAUUAGUAUUUGAAUAUUUGGAUUCGGAUCUAAAGAAAUUCUUAGAUACUCACGGAGGUGAUCUGGAGGUGCCGAUGAUUAAGCAAUUAAUGUAUCAACUGUUGAAAGGGAUCGCAUAUUGUCAUGAACAUCGAGUUCUGCAUAGGGACCUUAAACCACAGAAUUUAUUAAUCAACAAGAAAUGGGAGUUAAAACUGGCUGAUUUUGGUCUUGCGCGGGCUUUUGGGAUUCCGGUGCGAAGUUAUUCACACGAGGUAGUAACAUUGUGGUAUCGCGCACCGGACGUUCUUAUGGGAUCAAGACAAUACUCUACAUCCAUUGAC